CCGGAAAUACACAGUCACCUGCCCGUGGUGAUCAGCUUAAUGCACAUUUCAUCUGUCGUAUUGUUUAUUUGGGUAUUCUAUUUGUUUGUUUGUUAGUUUUAAUCAAUAAAUAUGUCGGAGCCUGAGGAGGAUCUGCAGGAAGAGCAGAGAGACAGCACGAAGAAGAAGAAGAAGAAAGAGAAACGGAGCGGGAAGAAGAAGAAGCAGAAGGAGGAGCGGGAACAAGAGGAAGCACAGCAGCAGGUGGAUGAGGAGGAAGAGGAGCGCAGUGAGUGUGUUGUGCUGCGUGGGAUCUUCAAACUGGGGAAGAAGAGUCACGACGUCCUGCUCACCCGAACCAGACUGACCUGGAUCCCCAUCACCCCUGAGACCCCCACAGGUCAGUUACCACGCAAAAAACAGAGAGUGUGGUGCUGACUGCAGGACGUGUUCGCGGUGAAGGUGAAGCGGCGGCGAGCGGCAGGCCAGCAGUCGGGGGCCGUGCUCGGCGUGGCUCUGUUCUGCUGCAGGAGGAGGGGGAGGAGGUUGGAGGAGGACACGCUGCACCUCCACAAUGCCUCCGCCGAACACACACAAACCUGGUACAACACCCUAAAGGAGCUGCUCGCAGGGUUCAGCAGUCGUCCCAGGUAUCUGAAGGUGUUCAUCAACCCCAGCAGCCACAAGAAGGAGGCUGUUCAUAUCUACAGAGAACAUGUGGCUCCGCUCUUCAAGAUGGCAGACAUCCGUAUCGACAUCACUGUGACAGAGAGGAAGGGUCAUGCUCUCUCAGUGAUGAAGGAAUGCAAGCUGGAUGAAUAUGAUGGGGUGGUGUGUGUUGGGGGGGACGGUUCGGUGGCAGAGCUGUGUCACGCUUUGGUCCUCAGAGCUCAGCUGGACGCAGACUCUCCAGAGAAACCAGUGAAACCAGUGCUGCCGCUGGGGAUAAUUCCUGCUGGCUCGACAGAUGUGGUUUCCUGUUCUGUUCAUGGAGUCAGAGAUCCGGUCACUGCAACCCUCCACAUUGUUCUGGGUCACCUGCAGCAGGUGGACAUGUGCAGCUUUUUGUCUCAAGGUCAGUUGGUGCGUUUCGGUUUCUCCGCCAUGUUCGGCUUCGGCGGGCGGAGUUUGGCGCGGGCGGAGAAGAAGAGGUGGAUGCCGUCAUCGCGGCGACGAGAGUACGCCCUGGUGAAGACGCUGGCUAGACUAAGACCAGAGGACUGUCAGCUGUCUUUCCAACCAGCGAAGACCUCAACCGGGAAUCUGUUUGAACAUCGAGAUGAGGACCAGGAUGUGAAGCAGGAUCCAGAGUCAGAAGGGGAGGAGUCCUGGACGACCAAUCAGGGCCUGUAUCUGAGCAUCAGCAUCAUGUCCAUCCCCUGUCUGAGUCCACAUGCACCUCGAGGACUGGCUCCCAACACCAGUUUGGCAAAUGGCAGCGCGGCGCUGAUCGCAGUGGGAAACACCUCCAGGUCAGAGUUCAUCAAACACCUGAAGAGAUACAGCAGCUCCAGUGGACAGUUCAGCUUCUCCUUCGUGGAGACGCACGCCGUGUCUGCAGUGAGGAUCCGCCCCAGUUCACUAAUUAACUGGUCAGAGGAGGAGAGCGAGGAGGAGGGCGACUCCAAGACAACGCCCAUCAUCCAAUCAGAGGGAGCUGCCUUCCCCUGGAACAUCGAUGGAGAACUGGUGGAGAUUGCGAACGAAGUGCUCGUCAGGGUCCACCCGCGACUCAUCACUUUGUACGGGGAGGAGGUAGACGAAGCUGAGUCGACCGUCUCCUGCAGCUGCAUCUGAGUCCUACAGAGGUUGCUCUGUGUGUGUGUGUGUGUGUGUGUGUGUGUGUAUCUGUAACCAUGACUCAACAGUGCCCUCUAGGUCAUUAGGGUUUCCAUGGCGGCGAACUAAUGGCUAACGUUUCAUUCAAAGUAGCAAAAAGACACAAAAGUAGCUACAGAGUUUCGCAGCUUCUUGUUAAAGUUGCAUUGAUUUUUUUUUUUUUUUUGUUGGCACUUGAUUAUUGCAGCAUUAUUGCAGCUUUAAUAACCAAUAAAUUAUCAGCUAACUUUAAGUUCAAUUUAAAUGUGCUUUAUAAGUUUGUUACUUCUCGAACUGAUUCAGGAUAAAGAUUUAUGUUUUAUAUUCAAAUUGUUUACAUUUUACUAUAUUUGAAUCACCACCUUUUCUCAGAUGACUUUAAUUUCAUUUGUUUGCAUUUUUUAAAUUACAGUUAUUACUUUUUCUUUUGGUUUUAUCUCAUCCAGUUUCUGGUUCUGCAGCAUUGAGACAAAGACUUGAUUAAUUUCAUUCAUGUGAAAUGUUUGUUGCCUCUAGUAGCAGUUAGCAUUUGAAAUUAACAAUACAACAUACUUAUCAUAAAUAACUAUAUUAAAAUAAUUAAAAACUGAGUAAAAAUAUAAACAUGAGAUAAAGAGUUUCCAAAUCCAACACUGUGAGGAAACUUUGUACAUGUUAGCUGAGUCCUGAUGUAUUGAUCAUUGUUAUUGAAUAUUGUCACAUUACAGUCAAGCUGCUUUCUGUACAGAUGAUGUUGCUGCAACACAAGCAGAACCAGACAGGAUGAGUUUAUUGUGUCCAGA